AUGCUGGCCCCUCAUGUUUGCCUCAUUGGGACUCUCGGGUUUCUGGUAUAUUUUUCCUUGGGGGACGGGUCUACCAAUGGAAUCGGUGGCGGCAUAUUGCAGGACCCCCAGCAACCGGGUGGACAAAAAUAUGGUCCGCUCGUUCGCAUCGGCCUCAAGUGGGUGCUGUGCGGUGAUCCCGCUGAGAUCCGCCGAAUAUGGGGAAUGAAUUCGGGCUAUCACCGCUCGGAUUGGUACAAGGCUGUCCGUCUGAACAGCGAGGUGGAUAAUAAAGCCUUGCGGCCAUGCGAUCUAGCUCGAACGAUGCAGUACCUGACGCAGGAUGUCAUCACGGCCGUCGGAUUUGGGAAGCCAGCGGGCUGCUUGGAGGCGAAUAGCGAUAUGUACGGGAUCUUGGAAACGUCCGAAGCUCUCUACAGACCCAUCCAUAUGAUCACCCUGCUCCCGACCCUCAGGAAGAUCCUCGAAAGCCGUCCGCUGAACCCAUUUCACCCCAAGCCCCAUGAUGGGAGCGGAGUUGGCCGUUUCCUCGGCUACAUCAAGGACCUUGUUGACGAGCGAUACGACGACCUAAAAGCUAAUCAUACCGAUAUCCUCCAGUCCUUCAUCAAGCCCGGUUUGAACAGACCCCAAGUCGAGUCCGAAGCGCUUGUGACCGUCUUUGGCGGCACAGAUACCACGUCCACUGCCCUGAGGAAUAUUAUAUUUUAUCUGUCGACCACCCCUCGUGCAUACCGCGCACUUCAAUCCGAGAUUGACGGUGCUGUAAAGACCAUGACACGCCCAGUGAUCAGAGACGCCGAGGCCAAAGCCCUUCCCUACCUCCAGGCAUGGAUGUGA